AUGAACACUUUUCAAUCUUUCGCAAUCGUACUUCUUCUCAUGUUCUGCAAGCUACAUGCCUUCAACAGCACCACUCUUGACCCACCGGACACCACUGAUUCUGUAAAAGAAUCUACAAAACCAACGGACUACCUCGAGCACAUCACCAUCAUAGCUCACAUUGCUAACGGAAUUACCCUGCAAGCUGGAUUAAUGAAUGGAUCAAUUCCGAUUAAUGAAGUUGUCGGUGAGAUGCUUAAUUUAGGAUCUGCCAAUGUUUCCGAUCUAAUCAAUUAUAAACCUGAUAAGAUCUUGGAGUUGAUCAAGAAGUUGAAAGAGGUCCGACAGAGUGCUGCUGCUAAUAAUGAGAUCAGUCCUAUGGAAAAACGAGCGUUGGAGUGGGAGGACUAUCGUCUCAGGUCCGAAUUUAUUGGUGAUGUGACUAAUUUGACUGGAAGUGUGGAAUACUUCAAUGCAGUUGGAAACUUUCAAAGAGAUUUCAAUUCUUCUUUGUUUGAAAGUACAGCAGAGAAGUUUGAUGGAUUUAAUGAACACAUUACAAGUAUCUUGAAAUCAAGCUUAAAGGAUACAUCUUUUCCAAUCACUGGGUCGGCAAAAUUGAAAGUAUUCAAUGAGACAUUCCAAUCAUUGAAAGUCCUUCUCACAGAAAUCAAGACACUCAAUCGAACAUCAUUUGAUAUCCUUCACAAUGGACCCAAUAUAUUCAAGUCAUUGGAUACAGUGAUCAAACUCUCGGCUCUUCGUCAGAAUUACAUUGCAUUGUACUCGAAAAAAGUAGAAGAUGCAAUUAAAACUAAUAUUGAACUGGUAUCCGCAUUGAGUGCAGUUAACGAAGCAUCUAGAAGUGAUAUGAUGACUGUCUCGAAGCUUUCCGAUCGUCUGGUUUCAAUUCCUUCAAGAAAGUACACUUCUGGAUUCUCACUUGAAUUAAUUGGAUUGGAACAACUCACAGAUGAUGUAAAAAAUCAGUGGUUCUUUGAGAUGACAAAUGCAACUGAAGUGGAUGGACAAAGUAUUCGGAAAAGCUUGAAACCAAUAUUCUCUGCUUUUGAAACUUUGCAAGCUGUCAACAAGAAGUUGAAGGUCACUUUUCCAGAGCGUACAAAAUUCCAACAAUUUAAGGAUGAGCCGUACUUUAUUCCAGUUAAUGCUAAUUCUUACAUUGAUGUUGUGAAAAAAUAUGAGGGUUGUAACGAAAACGGACAUUCAGACGACUAUCGUAAAAAAGGAGUUGAAUUCAUGAACAACGUGGAAACUGUUAGUGAUUGGUUGACUGCCUUUGACAAUUUCACCCAAACGCUUGACUUGGAUCAGUUGGAGAAGGACGUUGCUGCAUUUGUAGAAUCCUUGAAUUUUACUGAUAUCAAUAAUGAGACACAAUCGAGGAUGGAAGUGAUCGAAAUUGUGAAGAACAUAAGAAGUAACAAUAUAAGUUUGAUAAAGAUUCAGGAAAGUGUGAAAGGUAUCGAGACUCAGUUUAAUGCUGUUCGAUUGGAUAGUCUUCGAAAUUCAGUGUUUCCAAAAGUAACAGAUGAAUUCAAGAAAGACGAAGACUUCCAAAAAGUUAUCAAUGCCGAGAAUAAUGUUAACAGCUGUCUUCAGAAUGUUAAAAACGAAUCUCUGGUGAUCUCUGAAGCUAUUAAGACAAUUCAGAAGUUGAGAGUAUUGGAUGAUAAUCUAUUGGAAAGUGUUCGACAAACUGCAACAUCAGUAGCUCAGUUUUCCACUGUUCUUCCAACAGUUGGAUCAAUUCCUGAUGCAAUGAAGAAAGGUGUUAAGAAUGUGACACUUCAGCUGAAUGAGAUGUCUCUGAAGUCAUUGAAUCAAUCCGAUGGAAUUGGUAUUUCUGCAAGUGCUCUUCGAAAUGUUUUUAGCCUUUUGGAUCUAGAAUCUUCAAUUAAUCAGCUGAAAAGUGUCGAUGGAAUUGUAAAAGUCGGAAUUGACAAGUCUAGUAACAAAUCUGAACUGCAAAGUCUCUGGGGGAGCCACAAUGAUGACAUUAUCUCAUUGGAAGGUGCAAUUGCAAAGUCAAAAGUUUUCAAGUCGAAGAUUGAUGUAUCAAAAGCCAAAACACUAUCCAGCUACAGUACACCUUUGCAGAACUUGGCUUCAAUUCCUGAUGUUAAGAUUGAUGCAGUAAAGAAGUCGAAAGCACUGGAGAUAUUGAUUAGUUCACUUGUUGCAUCCUCUGUAAAAAGAAGAAAGAAAAGAGACACUAAAUCUGAUCUACUUGCCGCCAAAGCCACUCUCGACAAGAUCGCCGUGUUGGAUUUGCAGUUCUCAAGUCAUUCAACACAAUUUCAGAAUGUUCCAUCAGCAUUCCAGUCGUUUGAUAACUUUUUGCAAUUGUUCUUUGCUUCUCAACAGCCAAUCAGUGUUCCUCCUCCAAAUCCUCAGAGUAAUAGUGGUGGUGUCAAUACAGGAGGUACUGGCAAUGGUACAAGUAGUGGUGGUCCGAGUGGUAAUACUGGUACUGGACCGACUGUUGGUGUAACAGCUGCUGUUGUUGGAUCAAGCACUGUGAGCACUGUUAGCGAUGAACUUUCCGUUGUCAUUCCUGUGGUCUUAAUUCUUGUUGCUCUUGUGAUUGGUGGAAUAGUUUUUAUUUGGUAUCGUAAAAGAGAGGAGAAGCGUAAAGAGGAAGAAGCUGAAGAGGAACGAAAGAGAGAGGAAGAGAAACUUAUUGCUGAAAGGAAAAGGAUAGAAGAAGUGGAGGAACAGCGGAAGAGAGAAGCGGAAGAUAAAGAGAAGAUUGAACAGCUGAAUGCAAAAGUUCGAGAGAAAGAGGAGAGAUCCGAGGCCCGACGUAAGCAGAAAGAGAAGGAUGAUGAGGAAGAAAAGAGGUUGUAUGAAGAGAAAGAGAAGGAACAGAGGAAAAAGCAGAUUAAAGGAAUCGAAAAAUGGACCAAGAGUAUGGAUUUCAAAGAUAAUCAUAAAACGGCCAAAUUCUACAAUACGACGAUCGAAAAUGUGAAUGUGACAACGAUUGAUAAAGAUCAUAUCACUGAGUCGUAUGCAUACUUGCCCAAGAAUAAGCACAGAUACCCCACUCUACCAUGUAAGCCAUCAACCGCUGUCAAGGUGAUUGUCAAUGGCCAGCGAGUCCCAAUUCAUGCCAACUGGGUUCCGACACCUGGUCAUCCACACCGCUUCAUUGUUACUCAGGGACCGCUGAAGAAUACACGUUAUGAUUUUUGGAUGAUGCUGACGCAAUACGACGUUGAACAUAUUGUAAUGCUUGGUCAAAACAUGGAGAAUUUGAUUGUCAAGUGUGACUACUACAUUCCACCACACAUUUCUGAGCCGUUCAAAAUCGGACGGUUCAAUAUCAAGAUUACAGAUGGGAAAAGUAUUUUGAAUAAGAAAAUAUAUCAAAGAACACUGGAAGUUGUCGAUUCGACUGGAAAACUUGCGACGAGAACUGUGAUGCAUUAUCAAUAUGCAGGAUGGACUGCACGUGGAGUUCCAAAGAGUCAUGCUGAAAUGUUUGACCUGAUGGAGAUGUUGAAGAAAAGCGAGAAGCCAAUCGUGGUGCAAUGCCCGAACGGAAUCGGAAGAUCCAUGGCCUUCAUUGGAACCGAGUGUCUUGCCCGUCAAGUUGAAGCCGAUCCGACAAUCGAACUGACUGAAGCUCUGAAACACAUGCGCGAGCAUCGUUGGAACGGAAUUCAGAAGAAUUUUCAGCUGUACUGGAUGACACUGGGAACCAUGUACCGUCUUAUCAAGGAAUAUGGAUUUGACAUGAAGAUUUACGAUCAACAAAUGGCAAUAUUUUCUGAUGUAGUCGAUCGGUUGGUGGCACUGGACAAAAACAGUGUAGACGCUUGAAAUUGAACUUUUUUUCAAUU